AUGGAUCCAAAGAUCGGCGGGAAUGGGAUCUGCCGGGCGCCGCCGCUGGAGGCGCUGCUGUUCGACAUCGACGGCACGAUGUGCGUCUCCGACCCGUUCCACCACCGGGCCUUCUCGGAGCUCCUCCAGGGCCUGGGCUACAACGGCGGGGCGCCCAUCACGCCGGAGUUCGGCAUGGCGCACAUGGCCGGCCGCAGCAACGAGCAGAUCGGCCGCUUCCUCUUCCCGGACUGGCCGCAGGCCCGCCUCGGCGCCUUCUUCGCCGAGAAGGAGGCCCUCUUCGCGCGGUACGCCGGCGAGGGGCUCCGGGAGGUGCCCGGGCUGGCGGAGCUGUGCCGGUGGGCGCGGGAGCGCGGGCUGAAGCGGGCGGCAGUCACCAACGCGCCGCGCGCCAACGCCGAGCUCAUGAUCGGGAUCCUCGGCCUGGCCGACUUCUUCCAGCUCGUCGUCGCCGGCGAGGACUGUGGCGAGGGACGCUCCAAGCCCUGCCCCGACCCAUACCUCCGCGCGCUCGCCCUGCUCGGCGCGUCGGCGGAGCGGUCUCUGGUGUUCGAGGACUCCGUCGUCGGCGUGCAGGCCGGCGUGGCCGCGGGGAUGCCGGUCGUGGCUAUCGCGAGUGAGAGCCGGGAGGCCAAGGUCGUCGCCGCCGGCGCGUCCAUGGUCGUCAGGGACUACCGCGACGCCAAGCUCUGGGCCGCGUUGGACGCCGCCGCCGGAGCUCCCAAGAUAGAUUCAGAGCUGAGCCUGAGCGCGGUGGAGCCUCCUGUUUCCGUUCCCGUGGAGAAUUGUUGA